UUCGAACCCUCCUUUGCCGCCUCCCAUGUGGCGGCUCAAAAAAGGAAGGAGAAGCCAAGCUACGUUCGCCCACAGGAAAUGAAGCUGCCCACAACAUUCGUGCGGAUCACAUGCUUGACGAAAUUCCCAUGCUUUGUUGAUUUUAGUUGCACUUGCAGAGAUCGAUUUCGUAGAGCGCAGCGCAGGCAAUAAAGAAGGAGGAGGAGGAAGAAGGAAAGAGCGAGAGAAAUGGUGAUCCUUUUGGUGGCCACUACCACCGACCCUGCGUCCAUCAAUCCCGCCAAUGCCCUCUUGGCCAUGCCCGGCUGGACCCCUGGUCCCUCCCUUCAGGGUAUAAAAAGUUUCGCCAAUCAACAGGUGAGGCUGCUGCAACAGGACAAAGGCAUCGUGGAAGAAGAUCAUCUCGACGUGCGUUGGGAAGAAGCCACCGGCGAAGUGGUGGACGAGAUCAUCUUCUUCAGCAAGCACACUGCCGUCUCCAAUCGCCCGGCUCUCACUGUCCACCCAAUUGGUGUACCUCAUUUGCGUGAAGGCGAAGUUCCACCGCAAGGAGGGAAGCCAGGGUGGGCCGCACCACCGAAUCCGAGAAUAGGGCCCUGGCUGAGAUUGUUGAAGAAGAUUGCUCAGUCCUAUAAUUUGGUUCCUGAGUUUGAGAUUACCUUGGAGGGCACUCAUCAUGGACCGGUGACCGACAAGCAGGCAAUGUUUGUGGAGAUUGGGAGUACCGAAGAAUACUGGAAGAGGCUGGAUGCUGCUAAAGUCGUUGCUCAAUUGGUUUGGGAAGGUCUUGGGCUUGGAGGAGAGCCUGCAGUUGGGAACUGGAGCAGGGAUGUUGCUAAGAAAAAAGUCUUGCUUGGGAUAGGUGGCGGACAUUACGCGCCUCGGCAUAUGGACAUUGUCCAGAAAGAUGAUGUGUGGGUUGGGCACCUGCUUUCCGGAUAUUGCUUACCCAUGGAAGAUCCUAGCCAGUCAAAAGCAGAAGCUAAUAGGGCAGUUAUCGGGGCUGCCUGGAAGCAAGCGAUCGAAGUGGCAUUCAAGACUACAAAGUCGGCUUUCCCCGGUGGCGACAUUAUGGCGCACCUUGAUCAUAAGAGUUUCAAGAGCUGGCAGAAAAAUGCGAUCACGGCAUUCUUAGCUGAACAGAACAUCAAAAUUGGCAGGCCAAAUGACUUCUUGUAAUUUGAAAUUUUGAAUUAUUAUCUCGGUGUCUCGUUGGACGUCCAUGCCUUAGUAAGCCUCUUGACUCUUGAGAACUCUGUAGAAUGCUCCGAAUUCUAGAAGAUAGAAUUUAUUUACAAUUUACAGAUCUUAGCUCCAGAAACUUUCACCGGAUGCUGAUUUAACCCGAGUGAAUUUUUGUAAGGGGUAAAAAUAGGACUCGCUAUUGUCGAAAUAAUGAAAGCAUUGCGCUGUUGCCGACAAUUUUGUGCAA